CCCUAUCUUUCCUUCUUCAGCUUUCACAUCUGAAAUUCUGCAAAAUUAUCCCAACAAUCAGGUCGAACCACGCCGCCAUGUUUCUCGGUAGAAUUUUGUCGAAUUCUUCAUCUAAAUUCUCCACUUUUGCCAUCGCUUCUCCACAUUAUCAAUCAUUUCUUGUACCCAGUUUUCAUUUUGAUAAUGCCAGCUGCCAAAUGAGGCACUUCUCCUCCUAUCCCAGAUUCGAUUUUGAAUCUAUACGUGAGCCCAACGAUGCCGUCGCUCUAUUUCGGGAUAUGAUGAGAACGGAGCCGCUUCCUUCUGUUAUCCUUUUCUCAAAAUUGCUGAGUGCUGUGGUCAAGCUGAAACAAUACUCUGCUGCACUUCAUCUGUUCGACAAAAUGCUUCAGAGGGAAGCUCCUGUAAAUCACUACACGUUGAGUAUUGCGAUUGAUUGCUACUGCCGACUGAAAAGGCCUGAUUUUGGGCUUGCGAUCUUAGGCAGUUUUUUCAAGCGUGGGUACGAGCCUGAUGUUGUAACAUUUAACACUCUCAUCAAAGGCCUUCUGUUUGUUGGAAGGAUCCCAGAGGCAGCUAAAUUGUUGGGGAAGCUGUCGGCCUACCAACUGUGCGAGCCCGAUGAAUAUACGUAUAAUACUAUAAUUAAUGGGUUAUGCAAAGCUGGAGAUAUUCUACAGGCAAUUGAUUUGCUCUGCUCAUUGGAAAAAGGAAGAGGGAGCUGCAAACCCAAUGUCUAUGCUUACAACAUAGUCAUUGAUGCUCUAUGCAAGGAUGGAAAGGUCGACGAAGCUCUCCAACUCUUCUCCUCUUUGGGUGAUAAGGGGAUUUCACCCAAUGUUGUGACAUAUAAUUCAAUAAUUGAGGGGUUAUGCAAUAGGAGAAGAAUGGACGAUGCUGAAGACAUGUUAAAGAAGAUGAUAGCUGAUCUAGUCUGCCCAGAUGUGGUGACGUGUAAUAUCUUUGUGGAUGCUUGGUGCAGAGAUGGAAAGGUGGAAGAGGCUGAGCAUAUGUUGGCAUCUAUGAAGGAGAUUGAUGUUCAACCCAACAUUAUCACAUACAAUGCAUUGAUUAAUGGGUACUGUUUGCAAGAAAAAGUGGAUGAAGCCGAACGCAUUUUCCAAUUGGCGGUGAACUCUGGAGUCAAGCCCGAUAUCAUAAGCUACAAUAGCUUGAUGAAUGGAUAUUGUUUGCAAGGGAAAAUGGAUGAAGCCGAAUGCAUUUUGCAAUUGGCAGUGAAUUCCGGAAUCCAGCCUGAUAUCAUAAGCUACAAUAUCUUGAUGAAUGGAUAUUGUUUGCAAGGGAAAAUGGAUGAAGCCGAAUGCAUUUUGCAAUUGGCAGUGAAUUCCGGAAUCCAGCCUGAUAUCAUAAGCUACAAUAUCUUGAUGAACGGGUAUUGCAAAAUGGGGCAAGUCGAUGAAGCUUCACGUCUUUUUACCAUAAUUCCCGCUAAAAGGUUAAAGCGCGAUGUUGUAUGUUAUGGAAUAAUGCUAGAGGCACUAUUUCGUGAAGGCAGAUGCGAGGACGGGUUGAAUUUGUUUAAAGAGAUGCAAGCUCUAGGAUUGUCUCCUGAUUUGAAGACUUACAAUAUCUUGUUGGAUGGUCUGUGCAGUGCUCAUCGUAUCCCUGAAGCAUUUUCCGUGUUGCAUACCAUGGAAGAUAAAGGCAUCGUUCCAAACAUAAUAACAUAUAGUAUCCUCAUUGAGGGACUGUGCAAUGACAAUAAAGUCAGACAAGCAAAGGAUCUGUUCCAUGAGCUUCCAUCCAAAGGUUUACAGCCUAACGUCAUAACUUAUACAAUCCUUAUCGGUGCACUUUGUGAGGAAGGGCAGAUAGAGGAGGCUAAGGAUUUGAUGACGCAAAUGGUAAACAACGGUUACUUGCCUGAUAGUGUAACAUACAAUGUUUUUGCUCGAGGUCUUCUCAAAAGGAACAAGAUGCAUGAUGUAAUACCAUUGUUGGAAGAGAUGGAUUCAAGGGGAUUUACAGUUGACAAAACUGCAUAUUCGAUGUUGAUUGAACUUGUGAAAAGGGAAGAAGGUAAUUGUAGAUAUGGAUCUUGUGAGAGAGAAAGCGUUGAAGGUGAAAGAGGAAAGGGGAGUCAAAGCCGACUGCUAAUUCAUCAAGAUCAUGGAGAGGUUUUAUUUUCCAGAUCAUAAUGGAAAAUAGAAGUUGCCACUUGAUUCCUUAAAGAGAAUGGAAAGAUUUCUCCACUGCAGCAGCACUCGAGAAGAUCUGGCAGUCAUGUGCAACUUGAGAAACUUGCAAACACUUCAGGUUAUGAAGAUUUCCAGUGGAUUUGCUGAGCAAGAGGCUUGCAUUCCCCACUUGCCUAAACAAGUUGUGCUUGUGAAACUGCAGCCUCGCUCGAGAAGAUCUGGCAACGAUUGGUUCGUUGCCACAUCUACAAGUUCUUGAGCUAGAACACAACUCUUUCUUGGGAGGCGAGUGGAGCACUUUCAACGCUGAGUUUCCUUGUCUCGGGUUCUUGAGAAUUGACGGCUGUGAUGUCGUGUGUUGUGCUGCAGACGCCUCUGCUUUUCGAGUUCUUGAAAAGCUAGUUGCUCGAGAUCUUUGGCAGUUGCAAGAGAUCCCUUCGGGUAUUGGAGAGAUAAACACGCUCAAACUCAUUCAUUUGCAUCACUGCUCUGAAUCUCUGGCUAUUUCAACGGUGAGUUUCCUUGUCUGAAGUUCUUGAGAAUCGUCGGCUGUGAUGUCGUGUGUUGUAGAAUCAUCAGCAGUAAUGUCGUGUGUUGGGCUGCUUUUCGACUUCUUGAAGAGCCCUUAUUUGUACACACAUAAUGUGAUCGAUUUUAUGUUCAAUCAUAAAGAAUAAUUAUCGAAUUUAUUAAGGAAA